GUUCCCUUCUUUUAGACGAGAAGCUCGUUGGGUGGCGCGGAAGCGUCGUUUUCCCCUGGCCAUCAACGCUGCUAAAAAGUAGGUGGCUGUUCCUAACUGCCCACACGUUAUAAUCCAAACAUGAUCAGUUUUGGGUCCCUCCUUUGUUUGGAAUCAAUCUCAGAUGAAUUGAGGGUGGGAAACAAUGUCUGAAUCCGAAGGGAGGAGACAUGUGGAGAGCAUUUCUGCUCUUAAUCACGGUGGCUUCGACUUUGAAGAUGAUCACGAUCACCACCAUGUGAAGAAGUCGGUUCUGUCGAAGGUGAAGGAGAAGGCUAGGAAGUGGAGGAACCUGCUUGCCAAGAAGAAACAUGGACACGACGAUGACAAUCCCACCCCUCCAUGGGGAGUUACCUUGGAUGAAGAGGAUGAUGAACAAGAUCCUGAAUACCACGGCGCUCCAAUGUAUGAAUCGGAGACGGCUCCUGACACCUACAAGGAUGGAACUUCCCAACAUCCGUCGGCAGUACUACAAAGUCCCAUUGCACUCGAGAAAUCAGUAGUUUUCCAGCGCGACAACGCUGACAAGGAACCAGAAAUGAAGCAAGGUAACGAUAUGCUCGAACCACCGGUUUUGCACCACCUUGACGCGAUCAAGGAGACAUCAUCUCCCCAUGCUACAUCUUUGUCGCACAGCAUGCCGGCACACCAAGAUCCUGUCGGAGAGAGCGGUACCGAUAAGACGCUGCCCGAGACCGUAACAGAGAUGCUUGCACCGGCGUACAACAUGGUCUCGGAGGCGACACAGAUGAUAGCUUCAAAGAUCCAGAGCCCAGGAACCGGACAAGAACUAGGAGCAAAGCAGAUGUGGGAUAAGGGGAUUUCGGUGAAGGAGUAUCUUAUGCACAAGCUGGAGCCUGGAGAAGAAGAUAGAGCACUCUGUCAGGUGAUCACCGAGGCUGUAAGCCCGAGGAAUACUGGUGAAGCCCAGGGUGAAGCGGGCAUAGUGGAGAAGGUGAAGGAAGCGGUCUCUUCUUUGCUGGGAAGGGAAGAGCUACGUGAGACACCAAUCCCAGUUUGUACAAAUCCUCCUGCGGAUCAGCGGCCGAUCCAAGUUUCUACCAAUCCUCCUCGCGCGCGGGAGGCACCGACCCCACUUUCUACGUAUCUUGAUGCGCAUGGGUCACCCAUCCCGGGCUCUACAAAACUUAAUAAUGCGCAGAAGUCACCCAUCCUAGAUUCUAGAAAUCUUGAGGAGCAUGGAUCACCCAUCCCAGUCUCUACAAAUCCUUUUGCAGAAGAAGUUGAAAUUGACGGAAGGAGACUUCAAGCAUACACCAAUUAAGGAGCCCUGACAUGCACAUAUCAUACUUCAUCUAAAGAACUAACUGGAGGAAAUCGUGGCCUAGGUGAUCGAUGAGUGUAUGUUAGGUAGCAGUGAUUUCCUGCGUCUGAAGAUUUUGUAGGCGUUCCAUCCAAAAAGAAGAAGGAGAAGGAGAAGGAGAAGAAGAUUUUGCAGUCGAUUUUUCACAUCCUUGAAAUGAUGUCCUCCAAAUAAUGAGAUUCAUUAAAUUUUGAAUUCAAGAGAACGUGGUUAAGAGCAUUGCUUCCAAUGUUCCGACUUCUGUAUAUUAACCAUCUCUAGUAACAACUUCCUUUUUUUUUUU